CCCGGGAUUUAUCGGUUUUCAAAGAUCGAGUGACAUUUUGUUGCUAUUUCUGUAAGUCAGAUGUUGAUAGGAUUAUUCGAGAGCAGAAGUUGUUGCUAAGAUUUAGCGUCAGUAGGUUAUUAUUAUGUUUUAUGACAUCACUGUUAUCGGUAUUUUUUUAUUGCAUGAUGUUGGAAAUGGGAUUUAUUCUCUUUACGUAUUAGCAGGUUUAAUUUUUUUUCUAUCAUUUUUAGGAUCUGAAAAUACAGUCAAGGAAUUGACACAAGUGGGGUUUAUGAAAUAUAUAAAUUGUGUUGAUGCCUUUUUUAUUCUGAGUUAUGUAUAAAAGCUGCAGUUAUUGCCUUUGGUUUAUUUUGCUGGUUUACAUAAUUUGUCAAGUAUUUUUUUUUUUUUUUUUUUUUUUUUCAUUAUAAUGAUUGAUUAAAGAAGAAUAUUAUUUUGCUUUGGGAGUUAUUUAUUUCUUGUAGUAUUAAUCUUGUGGACAAUGAACUUCAUGUAUUAUUAGAAAUGCCAUUGUAACCUCUAAGGCUGUUUUACUUUUACCUGAAUUAAUGUAUUUUCAACAUCAUUACUUCAGAAGUGAUUGAUGAUUUGAUGUUUGUAGACACUUUCUCUUACAAUAAAUGACAGGUUCAUGUAAAUUAACAGAUAUGGCACAGUGCUACCGUGAAGAUCAGAUUAAAAGUAAAGUAUUUAUUUUACAGUUAUAGUAGUUAUCCAGUAUAGCACUGCAUCAAGCAACACCAUGGCCCCUGUGCUGUGAACUUCAACAAAGGUCAGCAAAUCUCUGCCACUCUUUUCUGGUAUUGAAGGGAAGGAGAAGCUUUAGUCUUCGUGAUGUCUAAUAAUACCAGAGGAGGAGGGCGAGGGGGUGGAGGAGGAGGAGGAUGGAGAGGCAGAGGAAGUGGAAGUGGUGGAGGAUGGAGGGGACGAGGUGGAUGGAGAGGAGGUGGAGGAGGGUGGAAAGGAGGAGGAGGAGGCUGGAGGGGAGGCGGAGGAAACUGGCGAGGGAACAACAGAAUGCAAGGUGGGGGUAUGAUGCCUCCACCAAGUUCUCAGAGCUCACAGAACAACACUCUGAUGAGGGCCGGCUCGUCACAACCACAGAUCACGACUAUGCUACCGGCUGUUCCUACACCGUAUAAGGGUUGGCACCUCUACAUGAAUGAAGGUUAUAGUGAUGGUUCAGAGACAGUGAAAUUUGUUCAGGCUUUUGAGGAGUAUUUUUCAAGGCUACGACCAACGCUCCAGCGGUCAGAGAUUGAGGACCGACGAGCCUUCCAUGUUAAUUUGAAGGUCCUUUUGGAGGAUGGACCAGUAAAGGAAAAGAUCCAGGAAAUCUCUGAUCUUGUACUAAACAGUCCUCAGAGGAUCAUAUCAUGCCUAGGCCUGGCACUGCAUCAGCUCAUGACUAAAGAAGUAGAUGCAGAACUGCGAGAGGAAGCAGCAGAGGUGUUGGCUGCUGGAGGUGAGAGUGUUGAUGAAGCUUCCCUGAAGGCCUUAGUUCCAGAAGCAGACUUGCCUCUCAUCCAUGCCAGGCUCGUCAACCAUUGCAAACUCACUCCGCUGAAAGUACUGAAAGCAAACUACUAUGGCAAACUUGUCAGCAUUAAAGGGACAGUGGUACGUGUUGGUAGCAUAAAACCCUUGUGCACCAGACUAGCUUUCACUUGCCUUGGAUGUAGCACAGUACAUGGAGUUACCCAGACUGAGGGCCGCUAUACCGUACCCUCAUUGUGUCCUGUGCAGAACUGUCGGUCUCGGUCUUUCGUACCAGACCGUUCACACAAGCUGACGCACACAGUUGAUUGGCAGAGUUUCAGGCUGCAAGAGAUUAUCAGCGAUGAUCAGAGGGAAGGAGGACGCGUUCCACGAACUGUAGAAUGUGAAGUGAGGGAAGACCUGGUUGACUCGUGUGUUCCUGGCGACAUGAUUACCAUAACAGGAAUUGUCAAGGUUAGUCAAAGUCAAGAAGGCAAGGGAAACAAAGGAGACAAAUGCAUGUUCAUGUUAUACAUUGAUGCCACAUCUGUAACAAAUUGUAAAUCAGGUGAUGAUGCUGCAUCAGCUGUUGGGAUUGAGUUCAGCAUCAAGGACUAUUAUGCUAUACAGGAAAUUCAAGCAGAGCCCCAGCUUUUCAAGCUUCUAGUUGGAUCUCUAUGCCCGGCUAUAUAUGGGCAUGAGCUCGUCAAAGCCGGUCUCUUACUCUGCCUUUUUGGAGGAUGCUCCAAGACAGGGGGCGACCGUGUGCCAGUGAGAGGGGACCCACAUAUUCUUGUGGUGGGAGAUCCUGGUCUUGGAAAAAGUCAGAUGUUGCAGGCAUGUUCAAAUGUGGCUCCAAGAGGGGUGUAUGUCUGUGGAAAUACCACCACAACAUCGGGCUUGACUGUAACCCUGAGUCGUGAAGGUGGGACAGGAGAUUAUGCACUAGAGGGUGGAGCUCUUGUAAUGGCUGACCAAGGAGUAUGCUGUAUCGAUGAAUUUGAUAAGAUGACGAACCAACACCUGGCACUUUUAGAGGCAAUGGAGCAGCAAAGUAUAAGUAUUGCCAAGGCCGGUAUUGUGUGUUCCCUUCCGGCCAGGACAUCUAUUCUUGCCGCUGCCAACCCCAUUGGUGGCCAUUACAACAAGGCCAAGACAGUGUCGGAGAACCUCAAGAUGAACAGUGCAUUGCUGUCAAGGUUUGACUUGGUCUUCAUCCUGCUUGAUAAGCCUGAUGAGGAACUUGAUUGCCUGUUAUCCGAGCACGUAAUGGCCCUGCACAGUCGACUGGGCAAGCAGGCCAGUGAUCUCCUUGAGGGCGGUCGAGUGAGAAAGCAGGAUCUUUUAGAUUCUUCGAGUAUCAUUGACUCCGAGCAGCCUUUGAGUGAAAGACUCAAGCAUCGAAGUAGUGAACCAUUUGCACCCAUUCCUCACCACCUUCUACGCAAGUACAUUUGUUAUGCAAGAAAGUAUGUUCAACCGAAAAUAACAAAAUGUGCGGCAAAAAUUAUCCAGCAAUUCUAUCUGGACCUCCGACAGCGCCAUCAGAAUGCCAACUCAACACCCAUUACUACAAGACAGCUCGAGUCAUUGAUAAGGCUAACAGAGGCAAGAGCUAGGUGUGAACUGCGGGAGGAGGCCACUGAGGAGGAUGCCAGAGAGGUGGUUGAGGUCAUGCGUUUCUCUAUGAUGGACACCUUCAGCGAUGAGUUUGGUUUCCUGGACUUCAAGAGGUCGCAGCAUGGGUCAGGAUCAAGCAACAGAUCACAGAUGAAGAAAUUUGUUGCAGUCCUACAACGCAUGUCCGAAAAAACCUACAAGUCCAUAUUUACUAUUGACGAGAUGAAACAACUUGUAAAGCAAGCCAACAUUCAAGUGAGGGAUAUAAAUGACCUUAUUGCAAGUCUAAAUCAUCAAGGAUACUUGUUAAAGAAAGGUAGCAGGGUGUAUCAGCUGCUUACAGCCAACUGCUAACAAGAUUUUCAGAUACUUUUAGAUCUUUUGCUGUAUUCUUUCAGUGGUAAAUACUUUUUGUAAAUAGUAAUGGUUGUAUGUUUAUAAUGAAAUUGAUAAUAAUGGCCAUUGCAGUAGUCCAGCAUAUUAUCAGAUCUCAUUAGUAGAAAGGGUUUCAUUCACAAAAUCAUUGAUUACUAACUUUAUUAGGCAUCAUUUUUGCUUUGCAGUAAUGUUGCGACUUUCGGAUCAUCUUUCCCCUUGCAGUCCAUUCUUCUUUCAUAUCUCAAAAGAUUGCUCAUAUAUCACUAACUUGUGUUCGCAUAUUCUAUUUUCAUCUGAAUUAGUUUCAUAAUAUUUUUUAAUUAACAGUAUACUGAAGUUAAAUGUCACAGCAUCAAAAUACAGAAUCUUUGGUAAUACA